UGACGGCGUCGCACUACAUUUCCCGAAACGCUUUGCGCGGCAGCCGAGAAGACCGGCUACGCUGUCGCUCCUUCUCCUGUGGUAAAAGGAAAAGUGUCUAGCUGGGGCGUGCGCUCUCUCUGUCUCCUUCCCCGUGCACAACAAGAGCGGCGUGUGGGCUGAGAGGAAUAGGAGGAGGAAGAGCAGCAACACCAGAAGAACAGCGAGCGCUGAGGAGGCUGAGGUGAGCGCGGCGCAUCCGGCCGGCCGCCUGCCCGCCCGCCCGCCCGUCUGGCAGGCUCUUUCCCAGCGUCGGUGGCAACCUCGGGGAGAAGGAGGCAUCCCCCGGUGCUCCGGGCUGCCCUGAGGCGGCGAGGGGCGCCCUCCGCCCCGGGGCGAGCGGGGAGAGGGUUCUGCAGCAUGAGCAUCAGCAGAGUUGCCCGGAGAACUGCAGCGGAAGCGGCGGCGCAGCUCCUGCUGGCGGCGGCCACCGUGGGCUGCCUCUGGUGCGCGGCAGAGGCCCAGUUAACAGGAGUGCUUGAUGACUGCUUAUGCGACAUAGAAAGCAUUGAUGACUUCAACAAUGUUAAGAUCUUCCCCCAAAUACAGAAACUUCUAGAACGGGACUAUUUCAGAUACUACAAGGUUAAUCUGAAGAGACCAUGUCCUUUUUGGGCUGAUGAUGGCCAUUGUUCUAUCAGAGAUUGCCAUGUAGAGCCUUGUCCGGAGAGUAAAGUACCAGUUGGAAUUAAAGCUGGGAGUGCUAACAAAUAUUCAAAGAAAGGAAACCAUACCAAAGAACUUGAAGACUGUGAACAAGCUAACAAACUGGGAGCAAUUAAUAGUACAUUAAGCAACCAAAGUAAAGAGGCUUUCAUUGACUGGGCUAGAUAUGAUGAUUCACAGGACCAUUUUUGUGAACCGGAUGAUGAGAGAUCUCCUGAUGCUCAGUAUGUGGAUUUGCUACUGAAUCCAGAGCGUUACACUGGAUACAAAGGGCCCUCUGCAUGGAGAGUAUGGAACAGUAUCUAUGAAGAAAAUUGCUUCAAGCCACGAUCAGUGUAUCGUCCACUAAACCCUCUGGCACCCAGCAAGGGAGAGGAUGAUGGAGAAUCUUUCUAUACAUGGCUAGAAGGUCUCUGUCUUGAGAAACGUGUAUUCUAUAAGCUCAUUUCUGGACUUCAUGCUAGUAUCAACAUACAUCUUUGUGCAAAUUAUCUACUUGAAGAAACUUGGGGGAGACCUCGUUGGGGAUCCAAUGUCAAAGAAUUUAUCCAUCGCUUUGACUCCAGUGAAACAAAAAGUGAAGGUCCAAGAAGGCUAAAAAAUUUAUAUUUCUUAUAUUUGGUGGAACUACGUGCAUUGUCAAAAGUUGCACCGUACUUCGAGCGUUCAAUUGUAGAUCUUUACACUGGAAAUUCCCAAGAGGAUACAGAGACAAAGUCCCUCUUGUUAGAAAUCUUCAGGGACACAAAGUCGUUCCCUAUGCACUUUGAUGAAAAAUCCAUGUUUGCUGGAGACAAAAAAGGGGCAAAAUCUUUAAAGGAAGAAUUCAGGUUACAUUUCAAGAACAUAUCCCGCAUAAUGGACUGUGUUGGAUGUGAUAAGUGCAGGUUAUGGGGCAAAUUGCAGACUCAAGGUUUAGGAACUGCUUUGAAGAUCUUAUUCUCGGAAAAGGAAAUAAAAAACCUUCCUGAGAACAGCCCAUCAAAAGGUUUUCAACUUACACGACAAGAAAUAGUUGCUCUUCUAAAUGCAUUUGGAAGGCUUUCCACAAGUAUACGAGAACUGCAGAAUUUCAAAGCUUUAUUACAAAAGAGAAGUUAACGAAGGCUUUUCUACUUAGUGGUGGAAGCAACCAUUCAUCUGACAUUGGGAAAAACAAAAUCAGUCUUUAUACAAACUGUUCUAAAGGUGGGGGGGGAUAUAAUACCAACUUGAAUAUUUAAGGUAGGAAAGAUUAGUCAUUGGACAAAAUAUUUAAGUAUGAAGUACCUAACUUUAAACAUGUAAAUUAUGUUCAUCCUUCCACUGUUCAGUGUGUUUAUCUUUGUACAUCUCUUGAACCAUCAUUUGUUAUGAACUUUUAUUAUUUUGUCUAUUCAGAGACUCUUGCUUUACAUCAAACUGCACUUAUUAAGUCAGGUAAUAUGGAAAGCCUUGCAGUGUUGCUCAAAAAUAGCUGGUGGUCAUAUUUUUAACAUUUAUAUGUAUCUGAAGGACCAGGUGCUGUUAAAAGAUUUUCUGUGUUUUGAUGUCUGUUAACAGUAGCUGAAAUGGCCAGUAAACUUUUACUAAAAUAAGCCCCUUGGCACCCAGGGGAGACCAGCAUUCUUUGAUCACAUUUUGUUUUAUUUUUGUACUUGCUUCCCUUCCCCCUCCUUAAUUUUCUGUUUCUCUAUAUCACCGUUGCCUUCUCUGUGAGGAGACAAGACUGGGUUAACAGUACUCCAGAGUCCCUCAAUUCCUGUUAUGCGUGUCCACUGAAGGGGCCUUUAGAGUGAAGUGCUGCUAGCUUGAAAUGCUUUGCUCAAGCCUGCUGUUGGCUCUUUACCAUGUAGCCAAAACUUUCUCAAUUUCUAGAGAGCUAAGAAAAUUUUAAUUAUACCACUUGCAGUCUUUCAAAAUUGAGACUCUUUCUCCCUGUUCUGGUAAGCCCUGUAAUAUUUUUGUGAGACUAAAAGCAAAAAACUCCUAAACAAACACUUUUAAAAAUAGUGUCAGUUCUCGGAAUUCAGUACUGCAUAUCCUGCCUAUGCAAUCUCACAUUUGUACCUUACGAAAAGAUACACAAUGUCUGUACUAAAACGGGUAUGCUCUGCAGAAAUUUGAUUCUCAAUCAUUACUUAGAAAGGGGACUUUCAUAUAGUCACUGCAGAACAAUAGCAGAAAACAAGUAAUUUUUAAAAUUUUAAAUACGAAGGAAGAGAAGUUCUGUAACGUGCGAUGGAGCAGCUGACUUAGCAGCUGUCUGUGAUGUAAUAUAUGUAUUUAGUGAGGGAUGUUUGAGUACAGCAUGAAUGUCAAUGUUGGUACAGUAUAUAGAUUUGUACAUAAGUUUUGCUUUGAUAGGUAAAACAAUCUGAAUUAAAAUGAAUUAAAAGUGCUCUUAAACACUUCUAAUCUAAGUAAUCUUUACUGUGGUUUGCGUUUAUACAGUUAUGUUGCUAGCUUUGUGUUACACCACUCCAUAACUUUGCAGUUGAAAAUGUGGAAAGGAACAUGAGAGUGGCUGGUUAUAACACUAUUUUUACUCAAAACAUUUAUAUGUUGCUUAUAAUGAAAGUGGUUUCACAGGAGGCUUUUAAUAUAUAGUUGCUGUGCCUUAUUCAUGCAUUUUAUGGGGGCCCAGACAAUGUCACAAGCCAAUGGUAAUCCUCCCAUAUUUUCUUACUGCUUUAUCCAUCUUUUUUUCUUAUAGCAGAAAUCCCUACACCUGCAGGUCUCAAGGCUUUUCACAGAAUAAAAUCAGAAUAUACACCACAAAAUAUAUAAUGAAAAGAAAAGCCACAACCACACAAUAACACCCCCCCAAAAACCCCUCACAUUUUAAAAGGGCAUAGGAGGUCAAUCAAAUCAACCAAAGGCCUGGUUAAAAAGGAAUGCUUUAACAGGUUUUAACACAACUAUCAAGUGGAGUGGGUCACACCAGCAAGUUUUCUAGCCAGGUUGUGAAACUGAACCGAUCACCUUGUCUGAUUAGACCUGGUUGUAGACAUGUGUGUGGUUUGAGGUUUUCCCCCUAGCUUUUGAAGCAGCACAACUCCAAAAUCAAAAGUAAGCUCAAAGGAAAGUGAGUUUCAGAUCUUCAGGAUUGUAGAAGAAUCUUGAAAAUGUAGUGUAUCGUGGUAACCAGUAGUGAGGCUUCAUUUUUCUGUGAAAUAUUGACCUGCUAGUAAUAAGGUUUGCUGUAUUUUGUUUGAGGUGCACCAAGUGUCACCCAGAAAUUCUGAAGCCAACCUUCAAGUUGCCUAAUUUCUGCAUCCUAAUUUACAAUGUUACUGUCCUAUCAUGGAAUACGUGCUGGUCUGCCCACAAUCCUUGUAUCUUCAGCUCUUUCUUGGUGCAUGUUCAUUGGAACCUAACUUAACAUGGGCAUAAAAAUGCUCAAAUGCUUGUUUGCAAACAGUUCCUUGCAAAACAAGGUCAGAUAAAAUGGUGCUCUGUUGGCAGGAGUGGCUUAAAUAGACAAGGGUCAAAUGUAAGUUCUCCAAAUUCAAAUCUUCUUCCCACUUCUUGACUACGGAAAACGUUGGGGGGUUACAUCAGGUAAUUUAUUGUCUUUUUGCAAGGAGGUAUAAUGUUGAAUCCAAAAAAUGAUUGUAGUCCUUACAAGGCUGAAUUGGAAAGUCACUUAUGUACAGCUAAGAUCACAAAGGCUUCUACUGGAUUAACUGGUGAUGAACAUAGGAAGUAUGAGUAGCGAACAGGUUUAAGGGUCAUGUAGGGAGAAGAGAUGGGCAAGGAGAAAUCCUCGUGCUGAUAGAACAAUUUGCUUAGUGCUACGUUGAAUGCUGCCCCAUUGUCCACCAUCCAAAAUUGGGAGUGGAUAUAGAAUCAGUUGGGUGCAGAUAAGCAAUUGCUGGAUGAAGGUUACACAGCUGCAUAAAUACACAAGUUGCUGGGCCCCAAAGAGCUAAGGCACAGGUUAAUACUUUCAUUGCAAGCUUGUAGUGUGACAAGAUGGCAAAAAUAGGACCUGGAGGACACUGUGCUGUCUGACACUCAUAUUUUCACUUUGCAUAUGUAAUCACCCAGAAAGGUUUUUAUUAUGCACAGGCAAAACUGACAAAUGCCUUUGGUGCAGUUGCAUAAAAUAAACAAAUAUAUUCUGUGAGAGAUAAUUUUAAGCUGUUUGAAUCUUAAAGAAAAAAAGCAUUGAAAAAUAGCUGUUGCACUGCAACCCUAAGAGGGAGAAUCUGAAAACUCUUUUAACUGCAUGAGCAGGACAAAAACGAAGUCUGAGGAAUACUCUGACCCUCAUUUGUCUGUUUUACAUUGUUUGAGAACAGUGGGGGGGGGGGAACGGGAGAAAUUUUAGACUGGCUCCUAAACUAGUCUAAAUUUCUCCCUGGUUUGGGAGCAUGUCAGAGUCCUGGAAGAGCUUUGGAUCCAAGCCAUUUCCCAGUCUUUCUGUAGCAAGGCCCCCCCCAUCACAUUUAGCCCUACUAAUGCUAUAGAUCUGACAUCAGUUUGGCCAUUGUAUCAUAAUGACGGAGUGGGGAAUUCAACCUCAGAUCUCCCCCUCCGAUGUCAGAGUUCUACCUUUAGGCUGGAGAGGGGGAAAUGGAUUUAGGCUUUGUACACAUUACAGACUUUAACUGCAGGUAGGUCGUUCUUUGUCUCAAUUUUGAUCAAAGCUACUUGGGUGGGAAAUGCAGCAUUUCAUAAGAAAUGACAGGAUAGAUAUGCCUUGAGGCUUAUGUGAUGGAAACCAGUGGUGGAAACGCACUGGAUGCCAUAUCAAUGGGAGUGUGUACACAGCCUUCCCCUAUGUGCCCCUGGGACUGCUUUUCUAGGGCCAUUAAUUUACUGAACAUGAGGGGAAGAAAAGUCUUGCUUGUAACAAAAACACUAUCAAAUUUAAGUUAGUGGUUUUUAUUUGUAGGACAAAUGAGAAGUUUAUACCAAAAUUGUACGGAAUAGUAUGGCACACUUGAUAAAUGCAAUGAGAGUCAGGCCUUUAUAUCUUCUAGCCCAGGAAGGUCUCUAAGCUUCCUAGUUUUACCAUCUGCCUUGUGGGCUAUCAUCAGUGACUAUGUUGCAAGUCCUGCAGGCAUGGUCUAGAUGGAGGUGAAUGUGAAGUGAGAGAACAGGCACUUCAUGUGACUGUUCUGAGUGGGCUGCAAACACACUGUUCUUUCUUUGCUAAUGAAUGUCUCAAGUAAUUGACUUCAAAAAUGAAGUUCCAAAUAUACGUGGGCAGCAAUUUGAUGCACACUUAACUGGAAAAUAAACUCAUUAAAUAGUAGCUAGGUUUGGAAACUCAGUAAACACCAGAUUCUGCCAGAUAUACCCCAGUCUACCUGGUUUGGUCCUGGUCCUAUUGUGGGGGCCCAUGUGACUGAAAUCAGAACUUGACAAUCCUACUUGGGCUAAAGCAGGUCUUUCAAUUUGUGGGUACAGUUCCUGACUCU